AGGGCCAUGUCAGCAGCAAGGCCAUUAACUGCCAUGGGUAGUGACAACUCCUUGUCUUAUGCACAUGAUAAGGACUCCCUCUUUCCAGUAGUUUUGAUAAAGAAGUGGAGCUUAACAAGCUGUUUACAAAUACACCAUUUAGAAGAGGCUAUUUGCUACCCUAGAUAGUAAAUUAUCACCAAUGCAUACAAGGCUGUAUCACCCCAAUAAGCAAUACAUACAUACGUACAAUAUGGUACGCUGGGCCCCAACACUAGGCUUUGUGGAGGACGUGGAUACCUCCCAACACAACAGCAAAUCUCACCUGAAAGAAAGUGCUGAAGUGGAAAGGAGACAGCAUGAGAAAGCUCAGGAGUGCUGAGGGCUCUUGAGCACUGCAGUUAUUUUGAGGUAGGAAGCCUUUUGCAUGGGAAGGGCGCUGUCAAGAUCAUGACCUUUGGGGCUUAUAGUAUGGUUUUGUGGAACACUGGGUACAAAACCCCCAAAGUAGCUAUACUGCCCUGAAAAACUGUUUGCUCCCAGGAUGGUUCACAACCAAGCAGUGAUCAGUGUCUUUAUUUACUAUCUUAGAAUUCUACAUAUUUAUGCAGCUAAAGGUAUGAGGGCGUAUACAUUGGCAGCUGCAGAGCGCAUGAAAUUGCUGCGAAGACUUGAUGUCAAGGAACACAGAGGAAAGACUCCUCUGCUGGUGGCUGUCACUGCCAGGCAGCCAGCUAUUGUCUAUGAUUUAAUCCAGGCAGGAGCGGAUGUCAAUGCUGUAGACAACAAAGGGCAGUCAGCUUUACAUCUUGCUGCAACAUAUGGCUAUGCCCAAGUUCUUCAGGUUAUACUGUCAAUAGGUUUCCCUCUUGAUCUAGAAAUGAAGGAUUUUGAAGGGCAUACUCCACUCCACUGUGCUGUUCUGGCCCACAACUCCCUGCUCCGAGAGCAGGGUUGCCAGAUGUUGCCUGAGGAACAGCAGAAAAAGCUUCAGCACCAGAGUGAAGAGCUGGAGUCCUGUAUCCAGCUCCUAGUGCAAACAGGAGCCUCCAUCUACAGCAGGGAUGUCAAAAGCAACAAGACAGUUCUUCAUUAUACAGUGCAGGAUGGGAACCUCUCGCUGCUCAGAUACUUCUUGGAGUUGAAUGCUUUCAAGUCCAAGGACUUUGUCAACAACAAGGCCCAUGGCAACACAGCUCUGCAUAUGGCAGCCGCAUUGCCUCAUGACAAGAACCAGAAAGAAAUUGUCCAGUUGCUCCUUGACCAUGGGGCAGACCCAAGCAUCCGAAAUUUAGACAAUGAUCAGCCAAUCCACAUGGCUCCUUCUGGAAAAGCUGGAGAUCAGGUCAGGCAUUUGCUGAAGAAAGGGAAAGUUGCAUCUACAUUCAUUUCCUGUCACCAAAGUGCCACAUCCUAGGUUGCCUGCAGCUUCCGGAAUGGCUUCCACCUCAGCUUGCUGAUUGCACUCUUAGGAAAACUAAAACAUCCCUGUUCCUAGCAUCUUUAAAUCAGGGUGGGAUGACAGUGUUUCUCAGCCUAUGGACCAUGAAUAACAUAUCAGAAGAUGAGCUUUCAAAUAUCUGAAAACUUUAUUUUGUUAACAGAGUACUAAUAAACCUCAAGCAUUGCUUGCAAGCAAAGAGGCAAGCAAAGCAAAUGGCUGUUACAUAAAUAACCAACCUGUACUUAUUUGGUGGCAACUGAAACCUGUAGCGGUGAAAGAACACAAGCCAAGUUUGGUUAUAAAAGGUUGAGAAAUACUGCUGUCGGACAUGGUCAGCCUGUGCCUCUUGUUAGGUUCUGUAACAGAGGUACUGGUUGAAAUAUGAUGUGCAAUUACCUUCACUGUGCCUGCUAGCCUGGGAAUGCUGGAACCUGAGGGGGAGGAAAAGACCAGAUGGAAGAGGUCAUGUCAGCUUGAAGAGUCAUCCAUGGCUGUAUUUUACUUGAGUGAAUAGACAUUUGGACUCAAGAGCUCCAAGAGAGGGUUUCUGCAAGCUGCUACUACCCCGUUUCUUAGCACUUUGUGAAAGAAAGCUGAAGCAGCUGUCCAUUGCCACCCUACUUAAGAAAAGAGAUGCUUGUAAGUGCAACUACAUGGGGAAGGUUCUCAGCAGUACAGUUUUGUGUGGCUCCUGAGUGCUUCCCAGUGAAGGGAUUCUUCUUUGAGUCAUCUGAUCCAAUCCAAGUUUCCAGCUCUGAUGGCAAAUAGCAGCUCUGGAAGCACUUCAGGGCGAGGAGCUGAAACCUCACCUGAGCUAAUGCCUGUAUAGGAGACCAAGGCUUUGUUUGGGUCUUCAACAGCUUUUAGGCAUGGACAGGGUAGAAAAUCUUUGAGCUGUGUGUGCAUGAACACAGCAGGGUCAGAGUGCAAUGUGGUAAGUGCUUUUCUAUUCCCAUUAUUAUCUAAGGGGGCGUUUUAAUAGAUUCUUCUUAUCCUUUCUGUGAAAUGAUUUGUGAAUUGCUGUGCAAUCAACUGGCAACAAUGUCUUCUGGGUCAAUAGGAUUGAAGGUAGAUGCCUGAUGGAAGAGAAAGCCAUGUUUUGACAACCGCUUCACAGAGGGUGUCUCGUCUUCAGUACAUGUUCUGAAUUAGAGUUCACUGAUUUCUCAGUGUUGCACAAGUUAUUAUUUCUAACAGGACUAAACAACAAGAUGAGGGGCAGACGUCUGAAAUCACUGCUGUAACUUCCUUUAUCGCCCACUGACUAACUCAAAUGAGGGUUUUCUAAAGCACUUGUCACACUCCCAGACCUGGACUGUUUAAACAACUGUUUGGCAGAAUUGAACAAAAGUUCUUAAGAAAUGCAGAGAUCUCAGCUUUCACAGGCCUCAUCUCUGCUGUUUCGCUAUUGCUUCUCACUACAUCAUAUUUACAAACCUGCCAACAUCCGCUGACAAUAAAAAGCAGAGUUGUAUUUGCAUGUGUUUGCAUAAAUUUGCAUGUAUCUGGGCAUAGGCCAGCAAAAGCAUGUGCUUUAUUACUUUGAAGGGAUGUUACAGCAAGCCCUGAAUUGAGUGAUAGCUGCAUCAGUGAGUUAGUGCUGUGUGUCAAGACAAAAUGAUCAAUGAAAUAGCCAUUUCUUGAACUUGCUACUAAUAAGACUGUAAAAUUGUGACUAGCAUGUGGCAUGUGAUGCACUAGGGAAAAUGUAAAAAGUUUUUUUGCCAUUUGGAAAUGUCUAUGAGAUGGCAGAAAUCCUUUUGCAGAACGUGAAAAAAAAUACAUGACCUGUUUACUAGAGUGGCUUACCUCUUCAAUUUUGUAUCUGCCUGCUGUUGGAUGUUUAAUACAGGGCAACACCAUCAGUGACUUGUAGUCUGUAAACAUCACCAUCUCCAGGGCUUGAGGGAAAAUAUCAGCCUGGGGGGGAAUGGAUGUGGCUUCAUUCAAAGCAUCGCCCUGGCAGCCUGUUACUCAGAGUUGACAGAUGAGAUUUGCAGAUGGAAGAACCCAUGACCGACCCAGGAAGGAUUUGUUCUCUCUACAGGCACAUCUGUGUUCAGCUUCCCAAAGCUCAUGCAUUAGAGGCCUGCUCUGAAGCCAACCACAAUCAACAGUGAACAACGUUCAUAUUGUCUUUGGCCUGGAUCCACGAGACAGUUGGAGGCUGCUGCUUCUCCAUGCAUAUAAAGCACCUUUCCCUGUCAAGCCAAGCAGUUCCUGGCCUGUGUGUAAAGAAAAUCCCUUUUAAGGCUCAAAGGUGGCCUGAAUGUUAAGACUUCUGUGCUGGCUUAAAUUUCAUCUAUUUGAGCAGUAUCUUAGUUCACAGUUACCCCUCAGUUUUUGAUGGUUCUUUCAGGGAAGCUGUAGCUUUUAUAGCUUUAGCAGUACUGGCAGCGUGUGAUACCCCUUUAUUUGCACAGUUUAUCUCUUCCUAUCUGUGGCUUUGGUUAAAUUGCUAAUAACAAAGGCUUGUUAUCACCAAACAAAUGUUCUUAAGUGGCACCAUAGAAAAGUCACCAGUCAGUUGGCAAGCAAAUCUUUUUGAUCAAAUACCCUGUGCAAUUGGAAAAGAAGCUGAAAAUAAGAACCUUUCAUGUUCUCUAUAA